AUGUCGGACUCUCCCAUGCCCAAACGCCGGCGCAUCGUGCGCUCUCCGUCACCAGUCUACAAACUCGACGACGAGGACGAUACUUAUGAGCCCUAUGUUCCCAUUACCCAACGCAAACAAGCCAAACUGGCGAAAUUAUCCGCACUAGGUGCAUCCUCAGAAGACACCCAACGAGUUGCUGCUAGACGAAUACAGGAGGAGAGGGAUGAGGCGGACGAUGCUGAACGGGAGGCCGAGCGCGCGAAGGAGAAGGCGCGGAUGGAGAGGACGCUGCUUGCAGAAGCGCAGGCAGUUCAUGCUAAGAAAGUAGAAGAAGAUGCUAGGAAGACUGAGGCGGAGAAGGCAGAGGAGCGCGAGGAGCAGAUAUUGGCCGCUAUUUCUAGGCAGAAGAAGUUAGCGGGAAGUAACGAGCUCGCGCAUGGUAUCCAAUACACGGAUUCAUUGAAGACAUCAUGGCGACCGCCGCGCUUUGUACGAGAUCGUUCGCAGAACGAACAUGAACGUAUACGCGAGAAACAGCAUAUCCUUGUCGAAGGGUCCGACAUUCCGCCACCAAUCGAAACCUUCGCCGACAUGAAGAUUCCGAAACCACUUCUCGACUUCCUCAAGUCGAAACGCAUCUUCUCGCCGACGCCUAUCCAGGUUCAAGGUCUUCCCGUAGCAUUCUCCGGACGCGACAUGAUCGGCAUUGCUUUCACCGGGUCUGGCAAGACGCUCGCGUUUUGUUUACCGCUCAUCAUGCUUGCAAUGGAAGAAGAAGCAAAGUUACCAUUCAUACGCGGCGAGGGACCCGUGGGCAUCAUCAUAUGUCCUUCGCGCGAGCUUGCGAACCAGACGUACGAGAACAUCCUGCAGUGGACCGGCGCGUUGUCUGCUACGGGCGAAUACCCGCGCCUGAACACACUUCUGUGCAUUGGUGGCAUCAGCAUGUCCGACCAGAGCGGUGUACUCCAGCGAGGACUCCACAUUGUUGUUGCUACGCCCGGUCGACUCAUCGACAUGCUCGAAAAACGACGCUUCACUCUCGACGGGUGCAAGUACCUGUGCAUGGACGAGGCGGAUCGUAUGGUCGAUCUGGGCUUCGAAGAGGACGUCCGAAAUAUCAUGAGCUUUUUCAAGGCUCAGCGUCAAACGCUGCUUUUCUCUGCGACCAUGCCGAGGAAAAUUCAAGAGUUCGCUCAGCAGAGUUUGAUCAAGCCAGUGCUCGUCAACGUCGGACGUGCCGGAGCGGCGAACUUGGAUGUAUUGCAGGUCGUGGAGUAUGUGAAGCAGGAGGCGAAGAUGGUGUAUCUUCUCGAGUGCUUGCAGAAGACGGCGCCACCGGUCAUCAUCUUCAGCGACAAUAAGAAUGAGGUGGACGAUAUCCAGGAGUAUCUAUUGCUCAAGGGCGUCGAGGCAGUCGCCAUCCACGGCUCGAAGUCGCAGGAUGAGCGGCAGUAUGCCAUCAAGUCCUUCAAGUCCGGUCAGAAAGAUGUUAUGGUGGCCUCAGGUGUCGCUUCCAAAGGCCUCGACUUCCCCGACAUUCAGCAUGUCAUCAUCUUCUCCAUGCCGAAGGAGAUCGAGGACUACGUUCAUCAAAUCGGUCGUACGGGACGCUCAGGGAAGACGGGUAUUGCAACGACAUUCGUCAACGUCAAUACGCCAGAACAGACCCUUCUCGAUCUCAAGUACCUUCUUAUGGAAGCCGGACAGAAGGUCCCGCCGUUCUUACAGAGCGUGGAGGAUCCUCGUGUUGCACAGGGUGGAUCCGUCAAGGGAUGUCCGGUCUGCGGUGGUCUGGGACAUGGUAUCUCGACCUGUCCAAAGUUGGAGGAGGCCCAGAGGAGGACUAUGGCGAGCCAUCAUGGGCAGGAUACGGGUGGCUAUUGA